UACGGCACCACAUGCUGACCAUGCAGGACUUGCAGCAUGAGGGCCACAGAGUGUCUAGCUCACUCGCCAAUUAAGUGCGCACAACACACGUCUUCCCAGAAACAACCCACAAGCAACAGCUCGCUUCCAAGCCAUGUCGUACUCGCCUUCGUUGCAGCAGCCGCUGGACCAACCUGCAACGCCUGCAUCCCAAGCUAACAUCGCUGCGCCUCACACGGGUGUCGUAGGAAGACUCUCCUUCCUGGACCGCUUCCUCACACUCUGGAUCUUGCUGGCAACCAGCAUUGGUCUCGGUCUGGGCCAAAUCGACGCCAUCCAGAACUUCAUCGACGACACCACCGUGGACGGCACCAAUGUCGUAGUGGCCAUUGGACUCCUCGUCAUGAUGUACCCGCCGCUCACCAAGGUGCGCUGGAACCUCGUGCACCGCAUCUUCGCCGACUGGCGCUUGCUGCUGCUCACGACAGUGCAGAACUGGGUACUCGGACCCUUUGUCAUGUUCUUCCUCUCCUCCGCCUUCUUCCACGAUGACGUUGGCUACAUGACUGGCCUCAGCCUCGUUGGUUGCGCUCGCUGCAUCGCCAUGGUCGUGGUCUGGAACAGUCUCGCAGGCGGAGACGCCGAGUAUUGCGCUGCUAUUGUGGCCAUGAAUUCCGUUCUCACUAUUGGACUCUACUCUCCUUACGCCGGCCUCUUCAUUAACGAUCUCCCGAUUCAUCUGGGCAUCGACUCGAGUACUGAGAUCCAUGUUGCUAUUGGUGAAGUAGCCAAGAAUGUCGCUAUCUACAUGGGUGCUCCGUUCGUGGCCGCUCUGCUCACAUGGUAUACACUAACCAAAACCAAAGGUGCCACCUGGUACUUCGAUAAGUUUACACCGCGUAUCGGCGUGUUGACGCUCUUGGCUCUGCUCUUCACUAUCAUCGUGCUCUUCGCUUCCCAGAGCACACGUAUCUCGUCUAACCUGGACAAGGUCAUCUACGCUGCCGUGCCAUUGCUCAUCUAUUUCAUCUUCAUGUUCGUGAUGUCCUUCCUGAUGAGUUGGUGGCUCGGAGCGACAUACGAACAGACAGUCUCUCUAUCCUUCACGGCUGCCAGCAACAACUUUGAGUUGGCGCUCGCAGUGGCCAUCGCGUCGUUCGGACUCAAGUCGGACCCAGCACUCAUGAGUGUCGUGGGUGCUCUUAUCGAAAUCCCCACGAUGCUCGCGCUCGUUUACUUGGCCUUCUGGUUCCGCAAGACGUUGUUUAUAGCCAGAAAGAUGGACGAUGAGGCGGCUCUGGUGGAUGCGAUGGAAGAGGCCGACAGCGCCACUGAAGUCUACGCGAAGAAGACAGAUUUCUAGUAUCACGUCGCUAUUAAAAUGAAGCUGUGGAUCUUGUUUCUAGGUCACGUACCCCGCUCUCGAGUCAGUAUUCAUACAUGUAUGGAGCUCCGUUCUGUAG